AUGCCACCGACUGGUCUAUUAUUACGAGUUGUGUUAGUAUGUGCCGGCCGACCACAUUGCCAAUUUAAAUGUUCGGUUACUCUUCAGAAUAGCGGACAGUGUUACGUGUUUCCUAUUCAGAACAGUGUCAGACACAAUGCUCGUCAAAGGGUAUGUCGACCUAUUCGUGAGCCAUUGCGCAAGAUCUUGAAAGAUAAAUUUAAAUCUGGGGCGUCCGUUUGUGCUAUCCAUCGGGAAUAUUCUGCUAAACGUACUUCAUCGGAAAAGUCAGCAUUUAAUUAUGACUUUACUGGAUCAACACGGAAAACGUUCAAAAAAAUCAAAGCCGAAGCCACAGUCGAUACUCUAUUGGAUCCCGACGAAGGAAAAUCGCUAGAUGAAUUAUACAAGUCAACAAUGGCGCAAAUCAAUCCUGGAGGGAAAGUGCCAGGAGCACUGCAAGUCGUGUGUCGCCAUCCAUUACAUCUCAUCGUCCAUACAGAAGCCAGCAUUAGAUUGUUCGACUGUCUCGUCUCAUCUCCACAUUCCAUCAUUUCAUGGGAUGCAACAGGAAGUGUAGUAAAAGCAAAGAACGGAAAGACUAUUCUUUAUUACGAGCUUACUAUGACGCAGUCGAAUGUGGUAGAAGAAAACAGCCUCAUUCCGAUCACAUUUAUGAUAUCUGAGAGUCACACAUUAAAAAUGGUAGUCAACUGGAUGAAUUGGCUAAAGGAACAUUACAAAAAGACUUUCGAAGGCAAACAAUUUCCCAAGCCCGAAUUCGUUCUGUCGGAUCGAGCACAAGUAUUUUUGCAAGCGUCGCUAGAAGUUUUCAAUAAUAGUGAGUCGUAUGAAAUGUUCCUCGAUCGAGCCUAUCGAAUUGUAACCGGUCAACCGCACACAAACGAUCUGCAACAAACGAACAUACAUGCCUGUCUCGCGCACGUAAUGUUGGCAUUUCGUAAAAUAACAAACAAAUUCAUGUCGUCGGAUUUACGAGAACUGGCCAUGUGGGCUGUGGCCGUGAUUAUUAAUACCAGUGUUUGGUCAGAUAUGGUGGCUAACUGGCGUUUAAUUUGUGAAUAUUUUCUCAAUCUUGAUACGGACAAGCACGAUCCGAUUCAUCACAGCCUUUUGAUGUACAGAAUACAAAGUUUAGAUGCCAAUCCGAACAUCCAAACGUGUCUUCGACAUCAAUUCACAGUCAAAACCGAGAUGAAAGACAAUUAUAAGUUCGAAGAUGGUAGCACUGAUGACGACGAUAACACGAUAACAAAAAAAAUUAUGUCUACAAGUACAAAGAAAUUGAAAACGAUGUCAGGCUUAAGAACAAUUGACGAAGAAGCCGAACUGAACUCCUUUAAUUCACUGUUUAGAACAACAUUUAAUAGAAUCUUCGAACAAUGUCUUGAGAGUCGCGGUAAUGCUGUCAACAUAAAAAAAGAAACAACGAUGAGAAUGAAAGGGAAUUGCGACUGGUUGACAUAUCUGAACAAGAAUUUUAUGCCGACUGUUGCGAUAUGGUCCAAUUUGCUAUUAGGGAAUCUUAAACGACAUUGUUCAAAAGUGAGAAGUUUUAAUCGAUUCUUGCUCGAUAAAGAAAUUCAACGUACAACAGCUAACUCAGAGAGACGAAUGGGGAUUCUGAAGCGGACUCAGCUAGGUGGUGAAGUACAUGGAAGACUGGAUGUCGUCUUAUCUAUCCUCAUCCAAGAUUUGGUACAAUUUGUACAUUCGUUUACACUAGGAAUUGUUAACGUCAACUUAAAUGCUAAUCAGUCGCUUCAACAAGAACAUUUCAUACCGGUACAAGAACAAUGGCGCGCUAAAAAGAUUAACAAAUCAAGAGGAUAUUACCAAAAGAAGCCCGAACAGCAUGUCUUAAACAAAAUAACGUCAUCCUUUUUGACCCCGCCGUUGAUUAACUGCGAUUUAGUUCUUCCAAAAUUCUCGUCACAAGUUCCAGAAUGGUUGAAAAUAAUUUCUAUCUUUUUAUUAUCGAUCACAACUUUCCGUAGUCAUUCACUUCCCUCUCAGUUUGAUAAAGGUUAUCCAUUAUUAAAUGAAUUAUUCAAAUUCGUGCAUAAACAUUCUAAACUGUCGCGUGCAAGAACAAGAGGGACACAGACGUUCGUCACACCAACGUUUACAGUGCCCGAAAAUUUCCCUACGACAAAUGAUGUCGAAGUAAACAUACAUAGAUUAAUGAAUGAGAUUAUUUUACCGAUUUUAUCAGAUCCUGUACAAGGUGUCAAAUGUUAUCAAUGCCCCAACUGUAAAAAAAAUUAA